AUGGCCUUCAACUAUUUGCUGAUCCCCAAAGCUGACCGCAAGAAAAUCCACGAGUACCUCUUCCGAGAGGGCGUACUCGUGGCCAAGAAGGACUUCAACCUUCCCAAGCAUGGCGACAUUGACACUAAGAAUCUUUACGUGAUCAAAGCCUGCCAAUCCCUUACCUCGCGCGGCUACCUCAAGACCCGCUUCUCGUGGCAAUACUAUUACUACACCCUCACCCCUGAGGGCCUCGACUAUCUCCGUGAAUGGCUUCAUCUGCCCGCUGAAAUCGUCCCCGCUACCCACAUCAAGCAGCAGCGUUCGCACGCUCCUCCCCGCGGCAUGAUGGGCGGAGAAGAGCGUGAGAGACGACCCGGUGGGCGUGGUGGCCCGCGAGGCGAUGGUGGCUACCGACGCCGUGAACAGGGUGACGCAAAGGAGGGUGGUCCCCCUGGCGACUUUGCUCCUUCAUUCCGUGGCGGCUUCGGUCGUGGACGUGGUGCUCCUUCGGCUUCUUAG